AUAACAUUCCCCCGACUCAUGAAUCCGAUAAGCAGCAGAAGCAAACCCUAGCUCACCAGCAACAACAGUAGCAGUAGCGCGGCAGCUACAACCACAAAUACUCCAUUCCACACAUAAUUAAUAUUCCUGGAUCUCAGGUCUCACCGAACCUCAUCACUCUUUUUUAUUAAUGGCUUCUGCUUGUAUGAACAACAUACCCACUACCACUACUACUACUACUACUACUUCCCAUUCUAAGUUGGCCUUGUUUACUCCACCAAACAACGCACCUCCUUCUGACCAAGACCCAGAUUUUGAGUUUCAACGAUCAGCUAAUCCAACCAUGAUUACCGCUGAUCAACUCCAUUUUUUUCCUAAUUACAACAAAAUCUCUGAUAAUAAUUACCCACCAAACUCUCCUGCAUUAGUUAAUGAAGAAGCUUAUCUGUUUUCUCCCAAAGCUCCUCUAUGUUUUGGAAGAUGGAGAGACUACUUUCUGGGUCCGGGAUUUAGAAAACUCUGUCAACCCAAAACUACAUCUUCCUCAGACUCUUCUUUCAGUUGCCGUUUACCUUUGCUUAAAGAUUCUUCUUCGUCUUCUUCUUCUUAUUCGAUUUCCUCUCAUGAUCAGUUACCUCGUCUUUCGGUUGAUUCUAACCGUAGAUCUUUCUCAUCUAAUUGCCCGAAGAUUAAUGGGUCAAGAAUGGAAAACCCACGAAGCCCGACUCGAAAAGAGACACUGGUUGGAGUUGGAGUUGGAGUGGAUAGUCCGAGAAUGAACCCAUCAGGGAAAGUGGCAUUUCAAAGUCUAGAGAGAAGUUCAAGUAGUCCAGGCAGUUUUAAUGGAGGGUCAAAAUCAAAGUAUAAAUUACAACAUCGAUCAGGGAUUAUGGAGAGAUCAUAUUCAGCUAAUGUUCAUGUUAGAAUUACUCCAGUUCUUAAUGUCCCUGUUUGUUCUCUUCGUGGAUCUCGUUUUGGUCACUUAUUCUCUUCAUCUUUAGCUUCAGUUUCUCAACCUCACAGGAAUAAACAAGGUAACACUAACACCAACAAUGGCACCAAAAACAAGAAGAAGAAAGAGAAAAAGUAGUCAUAGUUGGGUUUAUCUUUUAUAAGUCUCAUGUACCAGCAUUAAUUAUGAUGAUGGUAAAAGUAUGGAUUUCCAAAUGAAUUUGUUAUGUUGAUUCAGAACUAGAAUUGUCCUAUUCAGGUAAAAAAGUGUGUGUAAAUGAAAAUAGGGGUAGGGAAUAUCAAAUAUGGAGUUUUUUUGUGUUAGAGGGAUCAGGGAAGUGGGGCUUAAUUGCUUAUUAUUUGUCGGAUAUGCUAAAUUAUUUAGUAGUAGUGUACUAGUCUGGAGUCUGGUACUGGACCUAGAUUCCGAUGUAACAGGUAACAGUAGAGUUGGUGCUACUCUUUAGUAGAUAAUCUUCACUUGCUCUC